GAAAAAAAAGAAUCGGACAAGAAUCGAAAAUGAGGUGUUUAAGAAUCUCACAACAAAUGUGAAACAGUUUGAAAAGUCUUUACAUAAAUAGCCCUCCGCUUUUUUCUCGCCCCUAUAAAAACAGCCCAUACACCUCUUCACCUACUACGCCUGUACGACUCUUCCUCUCUCUCUCUCUCUCUCUUUGUCUCUGAGCCAUCAUCCAUGGCUUCCCUGAGCUGCUCAGCGGACGACCUGGCCCAGCUCUUGGGCCCCAACACCACCAACCCCACCGCCGCCGCAGCCUACCUUUGCUCCCAAUUCUCCACCAUCUCCGACAAGUUCACCGACACCGCCUACGCCGUCGACAGCACCUACCUCCUCUUCUCCGCCUACCUCGUCUUCUCCAUGCAACUUGGCUUCGCCAUGCUUUGCGCCGGCUCCGUCCGCGCCAAGAACACCAUGAACAUCAUGCUCACCAACGUUCUCGACGCCGCCGCCGGUGGCCUCUUCUAUUAUCUCUUCGGCUUUGCCUUUGCCUUUGGCACUCCCUCCAAUGGUUUCAUCGGCCGCCACUUUUUCGGCUUGAAGGAUGUCCCGACGCAGUCCUUUGACUACAGCUCAUUUCUCUACCAGUGGGCCUUCGCCAUCGCCGCCGCCGGAAUAACCAGUGGCUCCAUCGCCGAGCGCACCCAGUUCGUGGCCUAUCUUAUAUACUCCUCCUUCCUCACCGGCUUCGUCUACCCAGUUGUCUCCCACUGGUUCUGGUCCACCGACGGCUGGGCCAGCGCGUUCAACACUGAUAAUCUUUUGUUAGGCUCCGGCGUCAUCGACUUUGCUGGCUCCGGCGUCGUCCACAUGGUCGGAGGCAUUGCGGGGUUAUGGGGCGCCCUCAUCGAAGGCCCCAGAAUCGGCCGGUUCGACCAUUCCGGCCGCUCCGUCAUGCUCCGCGGCCACAGCGCAUCCCUCGUUGUCCUCGGCACUUUCCUCCUCUGGUUCGGCUGGUACGGGUUCAAUCCCGGCUCCUUCACCAAGAUCCUCAGCCCCUACAGCUCCGGUAGCUACUACGGCCAAUGGAGCGCCGUGGGCCGGACCGCCGUGACCACGACUCUCGCCGGGAGCACCGCCGCUCUCACGACUCUCUUCAGCAAGCGAAUCCUCUCCGGCCACUGGAACGUGACCGACGUCUGCAACGGCUUGCUCGGCGGGUUCGCAGCGAUCACCGCCGGAUGCUCCGUGGUCGAGCCCUGGGCGGCGAUCAUCUGCGGCUUCGUGGCCGCGGUGGUCUUGAUCUCGUGCAACCGGUUGGCCGAUAAGUUAAAGUUCGACGACCCAUUGGAGGCGGCGCAGCUUCACGGAGGGUGCGGCGCAUGGGGCAUAAUCUUCACCGCUCUAUUCGCCAAAGAGAAGUACGUGAACGAGGUGUACCCGGGCAAACCGGGUCGACCAUACGGGUUAUUCAUGGGUGGGGGCGGGAAGCUCCUGGUAGCCCACGUGAUCCAGAUCCUUGUGAUCGUUGGGUGGGUCAGUGCCACCAUGGGUCCUCUCUUCUUUGCCCUUCACAAGCUCAAGCUUUUGCGGAUCUCGGCCGAGGACGAGAUGGCGGGUAUGGAUAUGACCCGGCACGGUGGGUUCGCUUAUAUUUAUCACGAUGACGACGAUGACUUGCAAAAGCCCGGGAUUCAAUUGAGGAAAAUUGAACCUCGUGCAACGACCCCCACUUCCGUUUAGAUUUUAGAAAUUUGUUUUUUCUGUGCUUUUUCAAAAUGGGUCGUGAUGAGUAAUUAUUGUUGGCAUAAGAUAUUUUUGUAAAAAAAAAAAAGAAAAAGGAAUAUUUGUGGGGGGUAUGGUAGCAUGGUGGGAAGUAAUGGAUGAUGGAGAUGAUGAAGACUUGGAUCAGCUGCAUUUGUAUUUUUCUUCAUAUGAUUUAUUUUAUGGUAGGGAAUUUUGUGUGUUAUACAGAACUUUGGUUUGGAGCUAAAAUGGGCCUACUGUUAUUUUUGCAGCAUCAUCUGGAUGAGUCACCAUUUUUUUUUUGUAUGGAAAUGCUUUUGUAAAAAUAGCUUUUGAAAUGUCAGGGGAUGUAGAUGUGUCACUGCUUUUCUGAAUCAUUGUCCAAGUAAUUAAAAAUAAAAGCCAGCAAUGAACGUUGAGGCUUUUUUUCUUGAGUCUUGAC